CAGAAUACGGGUUGGAGGACAAAAAACAGGGCUGUGAUUUGACAGAAGUGACAAUCGGGUGUGUAUUGUUAUGGUGUGGAGUAAGUUUAAUGGUGCGGCACACCUGUUUUAAGUGGGGCAGGAUGUUAUGUAUUGUUAGUAUGAACUUGUGUCGUGGCGUGUAAGCAGUAGACGGUAGCUAUAUGUAACACGAUAAGAGGUGGGAAAUGUUUGAGAAUUUCAGAGAGAGACUGCAGAGCGUGCAGCAGGACUUUACAUCAGGAAUUAAGACCUUGAGCGACAAGUCCAAGGAGUCCAAAGUGAAGAAGAAACAGAAAAGAGAAGAAUAUCUUCCUCAGUACUCCGCUGGACUGGAGUUGUUGAACCGAUAUGAGGAAACCUGGGUGACGCUGCACAAGCGAACCAAAGAAUGUGCCCGAGCUGCAGAGGUGGUGGAUGGAGAAGUGGUGAUGCUCUCGGCUCACUGGGAGAGGAGGAGAGGAGCCCUGCGUGAGCUGCAGGAACAGUUACAGCAGAUCCCAACCCUCCUCACAGACCUGGAGUCCAUCACCGCUCGAGUCGCUCAGCUCGAGUCCAACUUCGAGGAGAUGGAGAGUCAUCUGAUGUACUUGGAGAAUCUGUGUGGUCAGUGUGAGCUGCAACGCAUCAAACACUUUCAGAUUCUACAGCUGGAGAACUACAAGAAGAUGAAGAGGAAGGAACUGGAGUCUCUUAAAGCCGAGUUGGAUGCUGAACACACCCAGAAGGUCUUGGAGAUGGAACACGCUCAGCAAGUGAAGCUAAAGGAGAGACAAAAGUAUUUCGAAGAGGCGUUUCAGCAAGACAUGGAGCAAUAUCUGUCUACUGGCUACUUACAGAUCGCGGAGAGGAGAGCAUGUCCAAUAGGCAGCAUGUCCUCUAUGGAGGUGAACAUCGAUAUGCUGGAGCAGAUGGACCUUACAGACGUGUCUGACCACGAGGCUCUGGACGUGUUCCUCAAUUCUGCUGGUGACGAGAACAGUUCUGUGUCUGCAGUCAGCGCUCCAGAUGCUGAGAUCAGCCUGAAGGUUCCGAGCCACACGGAACCGAAGCACGACGUCUCGUCCGUCUCGUCCUCCUGCACGGAGUCGAUCAGCGGCGUUACCGAGGGGCCGGACGAGGUCGAGGACAGCGACGAGAGCAGUGACGCCGGACACUCGCCCCUGGUUCAGUGCGACGAGGAAGAGGUGCAGGCCGACACGACUCUCGCCGUCCUCCUCGACAACGAGGAGGGACUCAAAAACUCCGACGACAGCGACACGGGCGGCCUCGUGCCCUCGGAGGAAAGGAAAAAGGAGUAGAGGUCUGCUCAGACUGCUUAACCCGAGCAGUCUGGACUCGAGUAGCAGCUUUGAGGUGCUCCGACUCGCUCACCUUAGAGAACAAUCUUCCCGCUUCGUUUUUCUCAGCACUGUGACUUCGCUUAAAGAAAUACUGUUCACGCGUCUAAGUAUUAUAUAGAAAGAAGCCUGCAGCGUCUCGAAGAAAUAAACCUAUACCUGUUUAUUAUAGCUCCACGUGAACGUCCGCGCUCGUCCGAAUACGUCUAGGGCUUUGAUCAAAUCGAGAUUGAGAUUUCUCGUGUGUCUCAACUUUUGAAUAAAACAGCUGUCAAUGUUUCGAUGAUUCGGUGUUGACGUCGAGAGAAAUAAAUGAGAACGUACAGCCGG